AUGGUGGGAGUAAAGAUAGCUCAGAAUGAUCCUUUAUUCAUUGGAAAUUCAGACAAGUCGAGUGAUGUGUUGAUUCCAAUUAAGUUGAUUGGAUCUGAGAAUUAUGGAGUUUGGAGUACCGCGAUGAGGAUUUCACUACUAGGGAAGAGAAAAUAUGGUUUUGUAACUGUGUGGAAUGAUCUCAAGGAAAGAUUUGACAAGGUAAAUCGAGUGAGGAUCUAUCAAUUGCAUAGAGAUAUCACCACUCUUUCACAAGGUACAGAUACUGUAUCUCAUUACUUCUCAAAAUUAAAAGCAUUAUGGAAUGAAUAUGAUGCUAUAGUUCCAAAUCCAUGUGGUGCUUGUCCUCAAUCGAAGGAAUAUAAUGAUCAUCUAGAGCAGAUGAGAUUGAUUCAAUUUCUGAGUGGCCUAAAUGAAUCAUAUGAUCAGGCUCGGAAACAGAUACUACUUAAAGGGACUACACCAUCUAUGAAUCAAGCUUAUGCUAUGAUUAUAGAUGAUGAGAUCCAACACUCAAGUUAUAUGGCUAGUGCAGUUGAGAAGCCAAGUUCAAUGGUGAUGAGUGUAAACAGGAAUCAGGGAACUAGAAAGGAACACUACAAAGGGAAGAAGUGUGAUUACUGUCAUUUCCUUGGUCACACCAAGGAUAACUGCUACAAGUUGAUUCGAUAUCCAAGUGACUGGAAGCAAAGGAAGAAACCAGCUAUGGAAAUGGGAAUGGAAACAUGA